AUGAUUGUUAGACAUGAACAUCGCAAACGUAGUAAUGGAGAGAGUCAACUUUUCCCGAGAUUAGUGUCUGUUUUGAAGGGGAGUGAUGUGACGCUUCGACUGUUGAAUGGCACUCAUGUGACAGGUACCAUAGGAUCAUACGGAAAAGAGAUAAAGACUGCAAAUAUACUUUCUUCUCUUGUGGAACUAGCCGCAGUAGAGCCGUCGUGUAAGGACUUUGAAACUAUUUUGUCCGGGAACGUCACCCUUGGAAACGUUUACAAGGCCUUCAAACCUCCGGACACAAGCGAAAGAAUUUAUCCCCUUCCUGGAUCAUCGCUAAUUUUAAAGGAGACUUUUGUAGAAUAUAAUGGAAAGAGAAUCAACGCAUCGCUUGUUUCCGUGAGGGAGUCACACAUCGCGACCUUAUCUCCAGCGUCGCGCGGCCCGAACGAGGAAGGAGCACUUAGAAAAGGAAUACGUUGCAAUAUAAAGGAGAUGAUUCUGCAACAACACCGGGAUCACAUAAAGAAUCAGGCAUUUACAAAGUGUAAUCAUAUAGGAAGCAAUAACACAAGAAAUUAG